AUAAAUAAAUUUGCUAGUGGUGCCAAUCUGGCAAAUCAGUUUAAUAAAACAGAUGAUACGUCACCUUUUUGACAGAAUUUUGUCAACGCAAUAAUAAACUCAUUCUUCGCAUUUUUUAAAUCAACGAAAGCAAAUAUGGGUGAAGAUUUCGGUGAAGGCGGCCCCCCUAUUCCCGGCGAGGGCGUCCGUCAAUUCGGUCCCCCCACUGCCCCCUCAAUCCCCGAAGUAAUCAAAGAAAAAAAACUAACAUUCGAAGAAGCCUCCAAAUGCCUCAAUACUCUUGGCAAAGACGAAACAGGGAGCCGCUACGCCUACUUGAUGAUAACAGCGUCCAACAGGAAACUAACCGACGUUUCCAUCAUCCUCCGAUUCAAACACGUGCUUUUCCUCGACCUCAGCGGCAAUUACCUCACCACCGACGCCCUCCAAGUCCUCACGGAAAUGCCAUUCCUUAUCCUCCUCAAAGCCGAGAGGAACCGAGUCGAUUCUGCCGCCCUCAAACCCAUGCCCUACCUCCAAGUCUUGGCCCUCAACCAAAACCAAAUCAAACAAGUGGGGAAUAUAGACCAACCCCUCCUGGACUGUCUCGAAAUGAACUACAACGACAUUUACAACACGGAAUUUGAAACUGCCAACUUGAAGCAGUUGAAACAGUUGGAAAUGAGGAGUAAUCUUCUGUUUGAAAUCUCGGGGUUUUACCCACCCAAUCUUCGAAAACUCUACAUGGCUGCCAAUAAAAUCACCACAAUUAAUUCCCCAGAAUUUGCCAAACUGGCCUACCUGGAAAUCCUCCAUUUACGGGAGAACAACAUUCAAAAUUUGGAUGGCUUCUCCGAGGCUCAAACUAGUCUCAAAUAUAUUAAUUUGCGUAAUAACAAAAUUGAAAAGUUUAAAGAAUUCCGAAAGUUGCAGUGUUUGCCGAAUUUGGAAACUUUGAUCGUCACCGGAAAUCCGCUCCCCGGAAGUGAAGUACCGCAAACGGGUGAGGGUGGGGGAGGUGUUUUUGGGGAAGGGGGGAAGAUUAGAGAUCCGGUGGUGAUUCCUCUAUUGGUGUUGUUACCCAAGUUGAAAAGGAUUAAUAAAACGGUGAUUACGAUGGAGGACAGGAUCGAUGCUGAGGAUAUGGAAAAUGAUGUGAUUGAGGCGUUGUUGAGGGAUGAUGAGACGGCACAAGACACUGAUAGAGAAACGACGACUACGGAUUAUAAGCAAGAGUCAGAUUUGGAUGAGUGAGUGGUGGAAAUUACAUUAGUAUGAAUUGUUGUAAAUACUCACAUUCGGCCAUUUGGUGAGAUUUUAGUGAGAAGAUCUGCAACAAAAUAAAUAUGU